AGCUGCCCUACUGCUACUGAAAAAACACCAGUUACUCACCUGCUUGCCCUGCCUCGCCACUGUUACUCUACAUUAGACCAACAUUUUUGCAGAGCUCUUUUCAAAGUCACUAAGGUUUUGAAAGAAAUCAAACUAUUUGAUUUCUAAGUCUUAAAAAGUAGGUGAAAGAGUUUCCAUUUGUGAAUCACAGAGCUGAAGUGAUUGACUGAUUUGGCAUAUUUUGAAAACGGUGAUUUGAGCAUCUUUUGCACAGGUGAGCUUACGUUAUGAAAACAGCCUUUACUGUUUCGAGAACUGCAUUGAGAGUGGUGAGAAUGAUGUUCCUUGUCACGGUCCUGGGUCAUGCGACCCAGUGUUUUGAGUUUCACUGUAUUUUAUUAUGCAUUCAUGUUCUAGUUUCAUUUUAGCUUAUUUAGUUAAUUUGUAUUAUGACUAGGUUUCUGUUAUUGUUCAUUGUUUAGUAGAUUCCCCUUGUGUCUUCACCCCUGUGUUUUGGUCUCCCUUGCCCUUCAUGUUGUCAUGUCUGCAUCUCGUCAUGUUUACUGUCUAUUUUGCAAGUCUUGUUUCCAUGUUCAUGUGUUUUGGCUCACUACCCAUGUGGCAUCAUUAUGUUCAUUCUAGUCAGCUGUUUCCUCAUAUGUCUCCACUUCCCCUGAUCACCUCAUGUGUGUAUUUAAGUAUUUUCUCUCUUACUAUUCGUUGUCAGGUUGUCUGCCCAUGUUAGUCAUAGUCAAAGUCAUAGUCUUGUCUUACUUGUCGGGUUUAGUUUUUCUUUAUUCAUGAGGUUCAUGUUUGUGUAGUCCUCCUCUUGUUUUUGGUUUUGAUUCUUGUAUCAGCCCAAAUAAAGGCUUGCUUUUUGUUUAACUUCAGUUCAGUUCUCCCGUGUCUGCUUUUUGGGUCUGUACCUUAAACUCACCGGCUGCCCAGCCGUGACAGUUCCUGAUUGGAGAAUUGCAUCAAAACAAUAGAGAAAAAUUAUAAACUGCCAAAACAUCUGCUUUUAUAUGGUUGGUCACAUUUGUUAAAGUUCAGUUAGACUGUAUUUGAUUAGCAGCACCUAGCUAAUUAUCCUCUUACUUCCUGUGGAAGCAGUAAAGAUGCACUUAAUGAGGAGUUCAAUAUGAUCUUCGAUAUCCACCAUCCAGACGGAUGGCAAAACAACUAGUAGCUCAGUGUUCCAACAUUUGGUAGAAGGAACUGCUGUCACAGCUAGAGAUCAACGAGGUACAACAUAAAUGCUACCGCAAGAGGGAGCCAGGACGACAGGUCAGGGGCAGAUAUGAUCACCCCCGCCCAAGAUUGGGUACCACAGCCCAAGUACGAUGGAAGAAACAAUAUUAAGUGGGAGAGUAACUAACCUAAAAGAUAGGAUCAUGGCAAAGCUGUAAAUCUGGAGCCUCUGUAAGGGCUACCAAUAUUACGUGAAGUACCCUCUGAAGAUGUGAAUGCAGCACUAAGGACAAUCCCUACUGCGUCCAUCACAGAGACUAGUCAGCUGAUCUACACCACAGUAGCAGUGAUCCGUGAGAUGGCUGGCUACAAGAUGAACAGCCACAUGGAGCAGUACCCUCCAUGGAGAAGGAGACUAAAGAUCAAGAUCAAGAUCAAGGUAGCACAGAGGGGAGUUAGCCAACUAUCACAGUUGCAGAAAGGUGCGAUGAAGAAGGUGCCUUGGUACCCGAGGCCUUGGAAACUGCCGAGCAAAGACUCAUAGCCAGCCACUUGAAGAGGUACACUAGAGAGAUAGAACCCAGGAGAAUAAACUAGCCUUACUCCACAGAACCAUCUAAGGUGUACUCCCAGUAGCAAGAGAACAGUAUGAGAACAGCCCCACCAAUGUUGGAGAUGGAGCAAAACUGAACUAGCAUAUAGGAGAAGGACACAAUCCAUAAUCGCGAUGCUCAGCGGCUAGUGGAUUUAAGAGCAGAACACAGGAAUCUCCCGAACAGGGUCCAGUAACCAUCACAUUGACAAACAUCCCAGGAAAGGUCUCCAGUAUGAAGAGUUGGACAGCACCAGGUCCUGCCUUGAUUCAUGCCUACUGGUUGAAGAAGCUGACUGCACUCCUUGAGUGUCUGGCAGCACAAAUAGCAAGGCUGCUAAUAGUUGAAACACACCCAGAAUGGCUAACUGAAGGAUGGACUGUCCUGCUCCCUAAGGAUCAGGAGACCCUCACCCCAGAAGAGACCCUCACCAUCUAACGACCGGCCAAUAACCUGCCUCAGUACCACAUGGAAGCUCCUGCAACAUGUAGAAGAUGGUAAAACAGGCAAAUGCUAAGAAAUGGGCCAAUACCUGCUCUAUGAGUCACAGUCCUGCCAGUAACGGAGCGAUCAGCAGGGCCCAUCGUUGUCAUCGCUUUCCUAGAUUUCACAAGGCAAGACAGCAAAUUUCCUUUGAGUUCUUAAUGUGAGCACUCACACUUGAUUUCACAAAGACGAUGAAGACGAAUUUUCUUUGAUGAGUGAUUUUAAAUUGAGCACUCAUUUGUUUUGCGAUUUAAAAAGUGUCACCACACUGAUUAAAGUAUCUCACUCCUCCUCUUAGCCAGCGACUGUGGGGAAAAUCUGUACAUGUCCAGCUUUCAGAACACCUGGAGCAACAUAAUACAGACCUAGAACGAUGAGGUGAAGGACUUCAGCACUUUUUAUUACUUCCCCUUCAUCGCCUGGACCCUUUUAGGGGAACGCAACACCCUGAUGCGCUGAUUUCUAUCCUGGUCACUCCUAAUGAAAAUGAGACCUCCUGUCUUUUUGUCCAAGCCACAAUCCCUAAACCAUACAUCAUAUCUGGUCUUACUACCAUCUUGUAAAUCUUCCCUUUUACUCUUGCUACUAUCCUCCUGUCACAUGUACAGUUUUAUAUAAAUAUAGAGACAUAUAGUAUAUAUAGUAUAACUCAGGGACCCUUACUUGAGGUAAUGCUACUGAAUGCCACUCCACUCUAUUAACCGAUGUUUCAAUCUAUCUAUAUCUCUAUAAAUGUAUCCUUCCACAGGUGAUUCGCCAAAACUCCAAUCAGAUCAGCUGUGCUAUGGCCUACUGUCUCAACUCCCAAUACAAGUACUUCCAUGUCUGCCACUACUGCCCACCAUGAGUAUAAAGCAUUAUGUAGUGAUGAUGUCUCUUAAAAAAUAUUUACUCACUUCAAAUGAAUAUAUCUGAUUGUUGAAGAGUACUUUGCAGUGAAUGGAUCCAAAUGCUUUGAAGCAUCAUGUAAUACAAAAUGAAUUUGAGAUUAAAAGUAACAUCAAGCAAAUUUCCUUUGUUUUAUCCUGAAUGUAUUCAUUUUCUCUUUCAUUAUUAUCUGUGUAUUGUGAAACCUGUUCAGUUACUGAGCUCUUUCUUAUACACACAGUAAUGAAAUUAUCAUUAGAAGCAAAGGUGAUGUGUGAAAUAUGAGCAACUAAUUCAAACACAGUUUGUUUGCAGUGGAAACUGUCAGUUUGCUCGACCCUACAAGUAGGAAACUUGCUGCGGUGAAUUCCCCAACGUCUGUGAAAACAAACUGUGCCUAACUGUCCCAAACUGAAGCAACAGUGGAGCUCCAACUACCCAACUGUGACUUCGUGGUUUCCCACUUCUUGCAAUCCUUCAGGUGCCUGGCACCUUGGGGCAGGUGACCACUACAACUGAGAAGAAUGAGAUUGUGAACAAGCACAAUGCUCUGAGGAGAAAUGUUCAACCUACUGCGAGCAACAUGUUGAAGAUGAACUGGAACAACGAGGCUGAAGCCACUGCUCAGAGGUGGGCUAACACCUGCUCCAUGGGGCAUAGUCCUGCCAGCUACAGAGUGAUCAGCACCAGCGGCUGUGGGGAAAAUCUAUACUAUUCCAGCUUCCAGAACACUUGGAGCAAUGUAAUCCAGUCCUGGUAUGACGAGGUGAAGGACUUCAGCUAUGGAGUGGGAUCUAUCAAUGGAGGAGUGGUGGGACACUACACACAGGUUGUUUGGUACAGGUCUAAUCAGAUCGGCUGUGCUAUGGCCUACUGUCCCAACUCUGCUUACAAGUACUUCUACGUCUGCCAUUACUGCCCACCUGGAAACUACCAGUUUACCCAACCCUACAAGAAAGGACCCUCCUGCGGUGACUGUCCCAACGCCUGUGAAAACAACCUGUGCACCAACCCCUGUCCCUUCUCUGAUAAGUACAAUAACUGUCCCGAGCUGAAGCAGCAGUGGGGCUGCAGCCACCCAGACGUUGCCUCUUGGUGCCCCGCCUCCUGUAAAUGCACCAAUCAGAUUAUCUAAAUGCCCCAUGUCCAAAUGUGCACUGAUUGGUCAGCUUCAAUAAAGA